AUGCGGGAAGUGUCCCAGAAUGAAGACGCACAACGACGAAUUCGACGACUGAUCCAAAGCCAGCACGACCACGAGAGGCAGUGGUGGCAAGGACGAGAAGCUUUACUCAAGAAGCAGAAGGCUCGUGUAGAGAAGAAAAAGGAGCUAGAUGCAGUUUUGCGCUCUGUUGGGGCACCGGUCGAUGAUACAAAACAAGUCUCAACAGCCGAAGAAGAUCAAGCAGAGUUGAAAAACUACAAUGCGAAGGUCUACAGAGCUUCCAAACAGAUGGCGGAAGCGAUGACAUUCGAGCUUCGACGUCUGGGUAUUCCUUUCUUCACCAUCAAGGAAAGCCUGAUUUCUGACGCCCCGAAAGUUCCCCAACAUGGAAUUUCCAGACGCCCUCAAUCCACUGAGUCGGCCAGUCAACAUCAGGGCCUGCUCUCGAGGGACGAAUUGUCCGUGCUCCAGCGUCGAAUGCUGGAGUUGCUGCAAGAUCUCUGCAAGGAAUGA